AUGGGCACGGACUGCUCGGGCCUGGAGAACGGCAUGCCGAGGGCUGACGCUCAUGUAGGAGCCCAGGUCGGCGUCCAAGACACUCCAACAGGCGACUGGCCAUCGCACGACUGUCCGUUUUGCAGGCCAGACCGGGAAUUCAGACAUCUCCAACGUUGUCAGUUCUGCCAACUGGUCCUCGGGUCUGGAGACGACGGGGAGAAAUGGAGGCAUUUCUGUCUGCCCCCUUGUUCGACUGGAGCUGAGACAAAAGUGCCCCAAUGCACACCGGCCCGACGCCAGCCUAGACUCGAACACAUCCUCUUUCGCCAGCCCGGCUUGACCACAAGACGCCGUCCGCCUGUGCGGCCUGGUCGUGACGAUAUGGCCAUUGGCGAAUGGGCACGCCAGCAUCAGCCGAUUUGGAAGUGUCUCGGGGGGUCGACGACCAGCGACUGUUCGCCUCGAGUUCGCGGCUCGGGUGACAGGCUCAAGUGGGAAAAUGCAAUUUACAACGCGACACAAAGCGAGGUGAAAGAGUCCGAGACGGGAUCAGAUGCUGUUGGUAGCGGUACCGACUGGGCUGGCGGUCGACUGGCCGGGAAACAGGAAAUUAAGGAGGACCGAUCAGACGAGUGGGCUUUUUGCCCAAUUUUCUUCAGUCCACCCUCGUUACAGACCAUUGUGAAAAAGUGUCCACCCUCUGUCACGGGAGGGCUCAAAUCGAGUGAAGAGGAUACCAGUCUAUGA